UAAUCACAAUGACUCUCUACUGCUAUUAAGUAUUAACACUUACUUGCUCGAGGCUUCCCUUCAGGAAUCGGUGAGCUAGAAAACUUUGGUGCCAUCGUGCAAGUCUGGCCAAGCUUUGGGUGCUCUGUAUGUGUCACUUUGAUGACAUGAAACUUCUCAUAUUCUUUCUCAAUGGUUUCUUCAAUCAGGCUGCUCUCUAAGUUUCCUUUGUGCCUGGGGUGUUCCUGGGCUUUCUGUAUCAUUUACAUCUUGUAGGGUCCCAUGAUUAAACUGUACUGAAUGUUCAGUGACGAUUUUAAACUUGGACUUGCUGAAUUUUCCUUCAGGGUCAUGGUCACGGCACUCUGAUUCCAAGAGGCUGGACGUUUGCUGUUCCAAGGUCAUGAAUUACAUGACCAUCCAAGUUCAAUCAAUAACUAUGCUGCUGGCAAAGAAGGCAUCAAGGGUUCACCGCCAUGAGGGUCCGCCAAUUGUUUUAGUCGCUCUCAAGGAUUAUCAGGCCUAUGGAACUCUGAGCAACGCCGGCCUGAGCUGCCAUCAAAUUUGCAAGUUGGGCGACCUCCCGUUUGCCGGAGUGAUGGAUGCCGCGGUGCACGUCCUCGUGUUCCCCUGGCCAAGGCAGGGACACAUCAACCCCAUGCUCCAUUUCGCCACCGCCCUCGUCGAUGCCGGCCUCCAAGUCACCUUCCUCCACACCGAGCACAACCUCCGCCGUCUUCCCCAGGCGCCUCUGCCACCGCGCCUACGCUUGCUUUCCAUCCCUGACGGACUCCCCGACGACCACCCUCGCAGCUUCUUGGAGCUUCUGGAGUCCAUGCGGAAGACCAGCAGCGCCGCAUACCGUGCCCUGCUCUUGUCCGCCGACGCGCCGGUGACAUGCGUUGUUGCCGAUGGCACCAUGCCGUUCGCCAUCGAUGUCGCCGAGGAGCUUGGCAUCCCGGCGCUCGCCUUCGCCACGCACAGCGCCUGCAGCUACCUGGCGCUCCUGUCUAUGCCCAAGCUCGUUGAGCUCGGCGAGACCCCCUUCCCUGCGGACGACCUGGUGUGCGGCGUUCCGGGGAUGGAGGGCUUCCUCCGGCGCCGAGAUCUUCCUCGUGGACUCUACUGCACUGAACAAGGCGAGGGAGACCCCUGGAUGCUCAAGCUUGCCGAGGUCACCGCUCGCUCCAGCAAGGCAUGUGCGCUCAUACUCAACACCACCACGUCCAUGGAGCAGCCAGCGCUCGCCCACAUUGCGUCGCGCACAAGUGACGUCUUCGCUGUAGGCCCACUGCAUGCCAGGUCAAGGCUCACCGCAAGCGCAAGCCUGUGGCAGGAGGACGACGGGUGCAUGGCGUGGCUGGACAGCCACGAGGACCAGUCCGUCGUGUACGUGAGCCUGGGGAGCCGCGCGGUGAUCACGCAUGAGCAGUUCACUGAGUUCCUCUCCGGCCUGGUAGCUACUGGAUAUGCCUUCCUCUGGGCGCUCCGGCCGGACAUGGUCCAGAUGACCAGCUCCACGCUCCUCCGAGAAGCCAUCGGGGUAGUGGAGGGCGGCAAGGCACACGUCGUCGAGUGGGCUCCUCAGCGGGACGUGCUGCGGCACCGGGCGGUGGGCUGCUUCCUGACACACGCCGGAUGGAACUCGACGCUGGAGUGCGCCAUGGAAGGCGUGCCGAUGGUGUGCUGGCCCUUCUUCUCCGACCAGCAGAUCAACAGCCGCUUCGUGGGCGCCGUGUGGAGGACGGGGCUGGACACGAAGGACGUCUGCGACAGAGGCGUCGUUGAGAGGACGGUGAGGGAGGCCAUGGUGUCCGACGAGAUCAGGGGGGUGGCCCAAGCUAUGGCGCAGCAGUUGAGGCUGGAUGUCGCGCAGGUGGGGUCGUCGUCGUCCGAGUUGGAGCGGCUCGUCCGCUUCAUCAGGGAGCUCAGCAUCAGGUCCUGUUGAAGCCCAGAACUAAUGAAGACUAGCACAGCCUCUCACGCACUACAUGUUCAGUUUCAUACUUAUUCAGUCUCAGAACUUAUUCUAGCAUUUCCCGAACAUAUAUAUGGAAGAUGAGGAAAUUGUAAGAGGAACUCAGUCUGUUGAGUUGACACCAUUUCAAGGCAGUUCCCCGCAAUUAUGUUCUUGUGAUCUAAAUUCAAAUGUACUAAUUUUUACUUUGGUAGUCACUUGGUUCUACUUUGUAAGGGGAAAAUUAUGCUUAUUAGUACCAGCAAAUCCUCAUGAGAAACACAGCUUCUUAUGAGCAUGCAUGAGCAUCUUUCUAUUCAAGUACGACUGGUUAAGUGCUUAUGUUCUAUAUAUAGUUAGAGGCUUAGAGCAUAUAGUAUAAACUGCGGUUUUGAAGAGCCCUCCCCUAUGCAACUGUUACUGAGAAGGUGACAACCGCCAACGUUGAGCUGCUACAAAGGCAGGCUCAGAGACAGAGCAGAAGGUAACGCGCCGACGGCUCCAACUGGGGCGGAGGUUAACAGCAAAACCGGAGAGAACCCCAUGGCAUCGAUCCGGUGGAGGGGCGAGGACAACCGGCAGCGCGGCCGACGAGCUGACGGCGGUGCGCAGCGGGGCGGAGGAGGGGAGGAGGAUGCGCAGGCCUCGCGCGAGAGGAGCAGCUGCUGCCUGCUGGGCUUGGCCAGCGAACUACGUCCCGUCCAUGACUCGUAUCGGUCCACCCGUGUCCGACUCCGGUCGUGGCCACAAGCCCGACUUCGACUUGCUUUGCCGGUCCUGGUGUACGAGCAUAUAUCAAUUGAAGAGAGGGCCAGGCCAUGGUGUACCAGCAUCGCAGACAAGCGCUUUACGUUAGUUCCU